AUGGGAAUAUGUUCUAUAAAUCUUUUUAAUGGUGAAAAAAAAGAAUUGAAUAAACAGCAUGAACAUGUCAAGAACGUUUAUUCAGUUAGAACAAUAGAUCAACAGCAAGUUAGAUUUGAAGUUGAAACAAUGAUGCCGACUAUUCACGGUAUAUUUCGAACAAGAGUAUAUUUAGAUUUGGCAGAGACUCCGAUACAACAUAUUGUUAUGAUUUCUACUUUCUGUGAUUAUCGUUCGUCUUCCAACCUCGCGCCGUAUGUUCGUAUACAUUCGGAGUGUUUGACGGGUGAAAUAUUCGGUUCCCUCAAAUGUGAUUGUGGUCCACAACUCAAUGCUGCUCUUGACAAAAUCAAUGAAGUCGGUGGUUUGCUCAGCUAUCUUCGAGGUCACGAAGGCCGAAGCAUUGGUCUGGUCAAUAAACUUCGAGCGUACAAGUUACAGGAUAAAAGUGGUUUUGAUACGGUCGACGCCAAUGUAGCACUUGGAUUUCCGGCUGAUAAUCGCAAGUACUAUGCAGCUGCAGCUAUUCUAAAUGAUCUCGGCAUUGUGUCUUUUCGUCUUCUCACCAAUAAUCCAGAUAAAGUGAGCCAAUUAGAACAAUAUGGUAUCAUUGUUGUUGAACGGAUACCACUUAUUGUCGGGGAAAAUCAAUUUAACAAGUUUUAUUUUGACACAAAACGUGAUCGCAUGAACCAUAUACUUCCAAAAGUAAAAUCAACCUAG